AUGAUCCUCCUCUACCUCUGUUUCGUGCUAUCCCUAGCAGUAGCAGAGUCUCCGGUCAUCGACCUCGGCUAUACAAGCUACCAAGGCACCUCAUUUGCCAGCGGCAUUUCCCAAUGGCUCGGACAUGGCCCGGCCUGUAUUCCGGUGGCCAGCAGUGUAGGAACUGCCGUGCCUCAAGGCACUUCGGAGGACUGUCUCUUUAUGGACAUCUAUGCCCCCAGCAAUGCAGUCCUGGCAAAGAAGAAACUCCCCGUCUAUUUUUUCAUUCAGGGAGGAGGCUUUGCUGAGAAUUCCAACAAAAACUAUAAUGGCUCUGGCCUGGUGCAAGCCUCUGACUUGAACAUCGUCGUGGUCACGUUUAACUACCGUGUGGGGCCUUACGGCUUUCUCGCCGGGAGCGAAGUGCAGAAAGGUGCGAGUCUAAACAAUGGCCUGAAAGACCAACUCAAGGCGCUCGAAUGGGUGCAAAAGUACAUUAGCAAGUUUGGUGGAGACCCCGACCAUGUUGUCAUCGGCGGCGACAGCGCCGGAGGGGCGUCUGUUACAUUGCUACUCUCUGCCUACGGUGGACGAGAUGACGGUCUUUUCAUCGGGGCCGCGGCCGAAUCCCAGAGCUUUGCCUCGAUGUUCAAUGUCUCCGAGAGCCAAUUCGCCUACAAUAGAUUGGUCACUCGUACAGGCUGUAAGAGCAGUGACGAUACUCUUGCAUGCCUCCGCGGCCUGGAUAUCAGUACUCUGCAGGCACAGAACAUCAAGACUCCCUUUCCUGGAGCCCCAGGUAAUCCAUUGUACCUCUAUGGCCCGACCAUCGAUGGCGAUUUAAUUCCCGACUAUACCUAUCGGCUUUUCCACCAGGGAAAAUUCAUCAAAGUCCCCGUGAUUUUUGGUGACGAUACCAACGAAGGCACAAUCUUUGUGCCUCGGAAUACGUCCAGCGUCAACGCCGCCGAUCAAUUUAUCAAAAACCAAUUCCCACGUAUCACAAAAACGCACUUAACCAAGAUCAAUAGCAUGUACCUAACUGCGGACCAGACGCGCAGCUUCCCGAAUGCAGGGCCAUACUGGCGUCCAGCAAGUAACGGAUACGGAGAAAUCCGGUACAUUUGCCCUGGAGUGGAUAUGUCUUCCGUCUACGCUGCUGCAGGGGUUCCCAGCUGGAACUAUCACUAUGCCGUGGUCGACCCGAGCAGCGAAGCCGAGGGCACCGGGACCUCGCACACGGUGGAAGUGAAUGCAAUCUGGGGCCCCAGCCAUGUCAGCGGCGUGCCCCCUUCUUCGUACUGGACAACCAAUGCCGGGAUCGUGCCUGUGAUGCAAGGGUACUGGACCAGUUUUGUGCGGUCCCUGAACCCGAAUACUCAUCGGUACGCGUCGAGCCCGGAGUGGAAGACAUGGGGCACAGGAGACGAUGCGUACAAGCGCAUUUUUAUCCGCACGAACCAGACCCGCAUGGAGCGGGUGCCGCAGAAGCAGCAGGAGCGGUGCAAGUAUCUCGUCAGCAUUGGGGAGGCUUUAGGACAGUAG